CCAACCCGCCCCGUUGCCAUCCUAGUCCCGAUUUUUUGCCCUUCUUUUUUCAACCAAGACCACCACCUUGCGCGCUGCUGCCGGUGUUAGACUGAUUUCCCCGAGGGCCGCUGCAACCCUUGAACUGUGGAAUUGAUGAAGGCUUGCUGAAAGACUGGCAUUUGAGGAAUUGCUUCUGCUUGCAUGUGGUUUUGGUCCUGUUGGUUUCAGCUUGAGAAAGUGAAGAGAAAGUAAUAGAGUGAAGAAAGGGCAUGGGAGGUGGACGGAAAAAUUUGAAGAGGGCUGUUGAGGAAGAGACCUUAACGCUUCAACAAGGGCAAAGCAUCAUGCAAGUUGUGGACCUGCGGGGCUCCAAUCUUAUUGAGGUAAUGGAUGCAAAAGGGGAGAGAUCGUUAGCUAUAUUUCCAGCAAAAUUUCAAAAGAGCAUGUGGAUAAAACGAGGGAACUUUGUGGUGGUUGACGAGACUGGAAGGGAGGAAGCAGCUGAAUUUGGUCGGAAAGUAGGUUGCGUUGUUAUACGGGUUCUCUUUUAUGAACAAGUACAAGUGCUCCAAAAAUCUCCUGAAUGGCCAGAAGUAUUUAAAGCAGCAACUUUAGGAAAUUCGAAGCAGGAUUUGCAGUCGCACACUUCAAAUAUGGAGGAGAAUGACAAUUCAAGUGAUGAUGAUGGACUUCCACCUUUAGAAGCCAAUACAAACAGAUUGAGACCUUUCCAAUCACAUUCAGAUACAGAGUCAGCUUCAGAUUCUGACUCCGAGCCCUGAUGCAUACUUUUUCCUAUUUAUUAUGCAUGGAUCUCAAGAGAUGACCAGGAAACUUCUUGUACGGAUAGAGGAAAGACGUACUUCUGUCCUGUGAUGCUGCUUCAUGGUUGAUGCUUCGCCAAGUUCGGAGCAAUGCGAAAUUUUACAAUGUCUGCUGUAUGUUUUAGGGCUUACAUUCCCACAUUUGAGAUUUUAAGAUGGCAGUACAUCAUCAUACAUUAUGGUUAAAAUUGGACUCAUUCUGUGGUGAACCAUCAUGGUAGGAUAAUCUUUGAGGUGUUACACACACUAUCAAGUGAGGAUUAUUUGCAGUUCAUGAUAGGCUACCGUGGGAUUCUAGCUAGUCAUCUGCUGCUGCUUGUACGUUUGUGCGUGAGAGUCAAAAGAAAAAAAAUGAAUGGUAUACAUGUAAACGGAGGAAAAAUGAGAUAAAAUACAAAGAAAUCUGAAGCGGUCCUUUCAUCCCAA